CAGGGAUGUCCAGGAUGCGCAUGUGUCGGAUUGUAUGCUGCGGACACACGCUCACAUAGGUCGGCGGGACAGAUUCGCGCCGGAGGGCUCUUUAUGGGAAUUUGGCUGAAUAUUUUUCAUCUAUUUCACGUCCAGUCGCGGAUGAAUUCACAUCGAUUGCGCGGAGCGCCUCCGGAAUUUUUGGCUGUCGCGUAGAGUUCGUGUGUUACGGAGUUUGUUGUCGGUCACCCGGACCCACUUGUGUGAUUGAUUGGAUCUCGCGAUCGUGAUCCCGGGUUGCUAUAACUUGGAAGAGAAGAUCAACCACGUGACUGUACUUGUGGUGGUGACGGGAUUGUAGAACUGUAAACCGGUAGACUCCCCGGGGCAAAGUGUGUUGUUGAAAGUUUAGUGUGAGGCGCGGUGUUUUUGUUUUGAGUUGCCCGCUGGUGAAUUAUGCAAGCCGCUGGUGAAGGUUCCGUUUGGUCUGCUUGUAAACACUGAGGCACCGAAACACGCGGAAGAGUGCUCUACAGUUACGAGUGUGGAGUUAAACGCUAGCCGAAAGAGCCUUGGUCCAGUUUCCUCGUCGGUACCGCGGAGAGGAGUUUUUUUUUUGUUAGUGUAACGUGAAUAGCCAAACUGUUUUAUGAAACUACCGGGCGAACGCAUUGCUAAGGUGAUGAAUCUCGAAGAGCCAGCUUUCGCAGAUAACUACAUACAGGAGUUUGUGCUGGAACACCUGGAGGAUACCAAUGUAAAGCGGGAGGAUACCAGCCCAACGGCAGCGAAUGCCAAGAUCUGGACGGCCGCAACCGAGGAAAAUGGCUUUAUCCCGAUACGCCUCAAAGCCAACGGAGCCACCUGGCACGUGGAGGAGCGAAAGGUCAACUCGAUCACUCCGACGUCGGACUUCUAUCCGCACCCAACCCACGGUCAACCGGUUCUCCUUAACCCUCCGAUUGCCGGUGUUCCCUCGACCCCUCCAGAGACUCCCCCAGUGGUUGGAUCUCCCAACCAUCCAAACUCGGCCUCCUAUCCCUACUACGGCAAUCGUAUCCAGCCCGAUCAGAUGGAAAGCAUGAUGAUCGUCCCGCAGACGAUGCGCAUGGAACAACCACUGGACCUGCGACCUUCGCACCAAUUCUCGAUUGCGACCGAGGGCGAAUGGCUGGAACGCAAGGAGUACCUUCAGGGCCACGCCUCGGCUAACGGAUUCUCCCACCACCACCACCAUGGUCAGCUAGAACACCUUAACCCGAUCCACGGCGGAUCCCACCAUCAUCUCCAUCUGCACGGCCAUCCCAACCGGCCCCACUCGGUCAGUUCCGCCGGAUCGCUUGCAUCGCCACGCCACGGAACCAGCGCCGGAAGCUGCUACACUAGCAGCAACAGCAGUGAUGGCGUCCUCAACGACGAAAUGCUCAUGUCCUUGUCCGUACGGGAACUCAACAAGCGACUGCACGGCUGCCCACGUGACCAAGUCGUGCGCCUCAAGCAAAAGAGACGAACUCUGAAAAACCGCGGAUACGCCCAAAACUGUCGCUCCAAGAGACUCCAGCAACGCCACGACCUGGAGAUCACCAACCGCCAACUCCAGAGCGAAAUGCACCACAUGAAGAUGGAGAUCGCCCUCAUCAAGCAGGAACGGGACGAGCUCAAGCUCAAACUCCGCGACCAAGCGGCCAUCCUGCAGUCCCAGCACCACCCGGGCCAGCAUCAGUCCCAACAGCCCCAACCUCGCCAGUCCGGCAACGGAACAUCCAAGCAGCAGCUCAUCAACGACAGCACCAGCUCGCCCGAGUACUACGUAUGACGCCAGAUUGGGGGCCAACAACCGUGGAUCGGACGUUACGCUUCCUAAUCAGCAGCAGCAGCACCGGCUGUCGGAACGCUGAACAACGACGUGUGUGUACAUAAAAAGACUGGAUCUGUGCGGGCGCAAUGUUAUGACAGACGCUACUUAUACGAAGUUCGUAAUUUCACUCAAGGAUUAAUCGUGACCAGACAAAACUCUAAAUUGUGAACAAACUAGCACUCUGUUAGGGCUUUAGUUGAAGCAACUUCAUUUGUUAACACUUUCAUUUCUGCAAUGGAAAAGAUUUAUUAAACUCUAUGAUCGUUUUAUAACAUAAUUUCUUUUAUUUUCCACCCCAAAAAACACCCACUCCCUCAGUUCGGUUCGCUUCAUUUGUUAUGUUAUUUGUCGUUGAUAAUCGUUUUUGGAUUCCGCCCAACACAAUCGAGAAGCGGGUUGUAAAUUGUUUCUCGCGCGCAAACAGAACGUUAAUGAUGACAGUUAUUGUGCUGGAAUGAUGGACACGCGUGGCGUACGCACGCUGGAAAAUGGGUUUUGAAUGGUCGCAUAUACGAUUGGUUAAUGAAGUGAGUUUCGAGUGUUUUUGGUUGUUGUGAAAGAUUUAUGAUGUUUGAAUGGGCAUCACGGAUUGAGUUGUCAAAAGAAUAUUUAAUUUCAAAAGUUGAAAACUUAUAAGAGCCUUUUGUUUAAGUAAAACAUUACCAUCGAAGAUAAGAAAAAUAACAUUCUCUUCAAAAAGCAACAUUGUAUUUUACAAAAAGUAUAUUCCUGCCUCGAUUAUUCUCGAUUAUACUGCCGUUCUACGCAUAAUUGUCCCAUGUUCAAAAAAGUGCAACUGAGAAAAACGCGAUUGAAAUUUUUCAACCGUGUUUUGUGUUUCUACGCAUAAUUGUCCUGUGUUCACCCUAUAAGUCCCUUAUCAUCCCAGUUAGCAGUUUGUCACUCCUAUUAGUAAUCCUCUCGCUAUAAAAUGGAUAAACAAGACACAAUACUUCGUAAAACUAAUGAUUUCGUGAAAGAAAAUACUUGGUGGGACAAUUAUACGUAGAAGUUCAACGAUGGGACAAACAGACUUGGUGUUGUUUUUGAUGAGUUUCUGAGCAAAGUACUGGAUUUUAUGGGGUUUUCUUAAAGUAUACAUCAAAUUAAACUCAAAAAUGUCAAAAUGUCAGAAUCGACCAAAAAUGACAUGGGACAAUUAUGCGUAGAACGGCAGUAUAGUCCUCGAAAUAAUUUCAGUUUUGAUAAUCAAAUCUUCAGGUAAUCAAAUCAUAAAAAAUGUCUGGUUGUCAUCUUUGUAUUUUUUUCUGAAACAGAACAAAAAUGUAAUUGCUGCCGCUGCUGCCCAUUUAAUUUUUUUCUUGACCGGUUCCUUCUGAAGUGCGUAUUCCGCUUACGGCAGUACAGUCGGUUUGCAGUCAGUAGUUUAAAAAAAAAUCUAGUUAAUAUAAUAUUUUUUCUGCAUUCAUCGUGAAUUUA